CGGCCGCGCGCCCUCGCGGUCCUACAGCCCCCGCGAUCACGAUGACACCGCGCGCGCACCUCCGCACCGCCGACGUGUCAUGAGAGACUCAACACCCGAUACAUGUACAAAAAUGUUCGAUAUGUCAAUUCAAGAAGUGAACGGCAAAGGGCCGAAGAAGAGGAAAAAGUCGUUAGAGCGUAUCUGUGAUAAUGAGAGGCGGGAGAGCGCGGAGGACGGCGCGGGAGGCGUGCAGCUACUGCACUGGAGGGAUAUGCCACGCCACCUGCAGUUCAACCCCUACGUGCUGACGGGAUACCGGCCGCUGCAGGGCUGGCUCGACUGUAUCCGCAGCCUUUUCUACUUCCACAACGAGACUAUUAACAUACUCACACAUGGUGACCCCUACCUACCUAAGGCUUUGCGGGGACAAAGGGACUUUGUAACAGCGCAACGGUGGCGACCGACUGGCGACGCGUGGAAAACAAAUGCGCUCCCCGCUGUCGACAUUGACCGAUGGCUCUCGCGGCCCUAA